AUGCACAACAAGAGCUCCCUCGUGCCAACUGCUCGGGACACUCAGUGCUUUGAGACCCUCCGCGCCGCUGCCUGCGGGAACUUCGAGGACGAAGCCGGCCGACAGAUUGCAUUCACGGAGGUCCUGAUAGAAGGAGGCAUCCUGCCCGAAGGGGUGAGACCUGGAUUCGUAAUAUCCACCGAUUAUCAUGACGACGGCGACCUUCGCGCGAUGUGCCUGGGUCACGAGGUAUUCUACUAUAUCCAGGUGAUCAAGAACGAGGUUUGCGCUACUAAAUCGGAACCAUACUUCGAGACCAUUUGCUGCUGGUUGGAACAGAUUCGUUAUAUCAUGAACAAGGACGACCGCGCAGGCAAGGUUCGCGAUCUAGACAAGGUCAAUUUCCCCGUCGUUCUCGUCAUGCACUUCGGGCCGUUCCUCGUCGUCGCUGCUGCCGUCUAUGGAAGUGAACCCAGUGCCGAAGUCGUGGGAUGCAUCCCCCUCCAUGUGCACGAUACCAACCUCGCCGAGCUCGAGGCCGGAGACCGUCUUUUUGCCGCUCUACGCGUCGCCGUUGAUUCACUCCGCGAACGGUACCCAGACAUAGCGAACAGCCGUCGCUCGCUCGCUAAUUUCCCCUUCCGUGAGUUUGACAUCGACGACCAUGGCGUCCGCUAUGAAUUCACGUAUCUCACCGCUAUCGACAAGAAGAGGGUUUUCCGAGUAGAGACCCUUGAUACCGAGACGUCGAGGCUGAUCGUCAAUUUCAGCAGGCGGUAUUCAAAGGCCGCCCCCCGCGCCGCGCACGCCCUCGGCCUCGCGCCCGCGCUGCACGCCGUCAAUAAGGUCAACGACUGGUACAUGAUCGUGAUGGAGGACAUGCCCGCAAGCUACACCACUAUGUGGGACCUGAAGCGGGAGUCCUCCUCUGCUGCCAUGUCGCUGGAGGACGCUCGGGACACGAUCAAAACGAAGCUGGCUGAGCUACACCGUCGCGGGUUCGUCCACGGCGACGUGGGCGACAUCAACGUGCUCGUCCGCGAUAAGAGCACUGCAGCAAUCGCCCGAGAUGUCUUGCUCGUCGAUUGGGACUGGGCGGGGGUCAAGGCGGAGGCGAGGUACCCUCGCGACGUGAACCAGGAAAUUGCGCGUCCCAAAGGUGCUACGAGCGGGGAGUUGAUUACGGAGGAGCACGAUAUGUGGAUGGCCGGCCGUCUGAUUCAACGGGUGUAG